AUGGCGCAGGACACCUACUGGGGCACCUUUGAGGACAUCUCCACGUACAAUGUACAGCUCAACUACCUCGAGAAGAUGUGGAUGGCCUGGUACGCAUGGAUGGGCAACGACGUCCUGGCGACAGGAAUCAUGUCCUUUGUCAUCCACGAGGCCUUCUACUUCGGACGCUCGCUUCCCUGGAUCAUCAUCGACUGCAUACCUUUCUUCAACCGCUACAAGAUCCAAGCUCACAAAGUCCCCUCUGCUUGGGAACAAACACAAUGCGCUCUCCUCGUCCUCCUCUCCCACUUUACCGUCGAGCUUCCUCAGAUCUGGCUGUUCCACCCCAUGUGCCAAUACUUCGGUCUCGAGACCUCGGUUCCUUUCCCUAGCAUCUACAAGAUGGCUUACCAGAUCGCCAUCUUCUUCGUCUUCGAGGACGCAUGGCACUACUGGGCCCACCGUGCCAUGCACGCCAGCUCUUUCCUCUACAAGAACAUCCACAAGAUCCACCACCAAUACUCUGCUCCCUUUGGCCUGGCUGCUGAAUACGCCUCGCCCAUCGAAGUCAUGAUCCUGGGUUUCGGUUCCGUCGGUGUCCCCAUUGUCUUCUGCGCCAUCACCAAGGAUCUCCACAUCCUGACCAUGUACGUUUGGAUCAUUUUCCGUCUGUCCCAGGCCAUCGACGCACACAGCGGUUACGAGUUCCCAUGGAGUCUGCACCACUUCCUGCCCUUCUGGGCCGGCGCCGAGCACCACGACGUUCACCACGAGAAGUUCAUUGGUAACUACGCCAGCAGCUUCAGAUGGUGGGACUUUGUCCUUGACACCGAGGCUGGUGCUGAGGCUUCCAAGAAGCGACGAGAGCGCAAGUUGGCCGCUGCCAAGGCCAAGAAGGCCAUGUAA